GGGGUUGUCCGCACACGAGCUUCCUUGUAUCGAGUCCCGCUUGCUUCUGAAGCUCCUCCGGCUGCUGAGCCAGCAACUGAGCAAUCUUCGAGAGCGUUGACAUAUAUCUCAGGAUUGAACGUUGGUCUUCUUCCUUCGACCUCGUCUUACAAUUCACUGGGGCUCAGCUUGUGGAAGAGUUAGUGAGUGGACCGGCCCUCCCACAGCUUAAGCACCGAGCAUCGAUAAAUACUGCAGACGAAACUCGAGAACAUCGUCGGCUCAUAGCCUCCGUCCCGUCACACCUGAAGGUCUGAAGCUCAGUUCUUGAGCUCAGCAAGCGUGUUAAAGAAAGGUACACGAUCAGCUCAGAAUGAUGUCUGUCAAGGGAUUAUUCUAUGGGCAAGAAGAGCCUGAGCCGGAAUGGUUGAUAGACACAGCUGCGUCGCAAACGAUAAUCUGCCGUCCUGCCACUCCACCUCCUCCGCCGCCGCCUCCAGCUGAGCCUGCCCCUCCUCCGCCAGGACCUCCCCCCCCAGAAUUCAGAGUCUUGGAUUUCAUGGCGCCGCUUUGCUGCGAGGGAUGUAUUGAGCGAGUGGUAAAACAUUUGCUGGGCGUCGAGGGCGUCGAGGGCGUGCAGUGUAACUCGGACAGUCAAAUUGUCACUGUCCAGGGGUACACUCCUCCUGAAUUGGUUCUGAAGGCAGUGAGGAAGGAAUUUAAGAGGGGAGCGGACUUCUGGCCUCCUCCCGAGGCCCCGGCUGCCGUGGAAGCGUGACCAAGGUCAACCUCCGUGCCACUUUGAGGAAUCGCUGUUGAAGCUUCUGCAUUCUGACAUGAAAUCUGCUGUACUCACAGGCAAGGUGCUCUUGCUAAGCCCCUGUUCCAUCCAUGUGCAUAAGAAGGCGAGAUCGACGAGCGAAAUCAGAGUUGUGAGAUAGAACGCCUGACCUGUCUUCCACGACCUGUAUCUUUCUCGGGAUCAUAUGUACUGAAUCUCGUGAGUCUGUGAUAUUCUUGUACCUCAAAGCUCAACACCAUCCGCUUCAGAUAUCAUAGACUCGAAUUUAGAAGGAGAGUUUGCUUGCUGUCUCAGCUGAGCUUCCACAACUUUAGUAGCAUAGCUCUUCUCGAGAAAUCCCACAUCCUGCAGAAAGUUCAGGGCAAUUCUGGUGAGGUUGCAGUUCGCCUAGGUCCAAACUGACGGUUUCUUUCGUAUAGUGUUGAAUUGACAUAUCCUGGAUGUCUGAAAACGGCUUUUCAAGCUUGGGUUGAACCCUUUACACAUAAGGAACGAGGACCUUACGUCCUCGGCGUAGAUUCUAGCCUCUCUCGAUUGUAAAUAUUUUCCUUAAUUAUAUGAAGCAGGAUUCCCCAUUUUCUCGUCUGUUUGGUAUAUUCAGCUGAACGAAUUCAGCUGAACGCCCUCGAACUACUAGAAUCUGUGCAGUCCACG